AUGGUGGUUUGGUUGCCGCUCCAGUGUUUGCCCGAAUUAUGCAAGAAUCUUUACAUAAACCUCUUGAAACGGCUAAGGCCAAGCCAUAGUCGUUAUGUACAACAAGGGCAAAUUUUUAUUGCUUUGACCAGUUAUUCGCAGCCAGAAAAAACCACACAAUUUGCUCAAAUCGGUUUAGAUAAAGGCGCAUUGGGCAUUAUUAGUGAAACAGAUUUAGGCUUUGAAUCUGCAUUGAUCUGCCCAGAUGUGCGUCAGUUGAUGGGACAAUGGCAAAAACAAUAUUUACAAGCGACAUCUCCUGUAAAAGCUGCGCGAAUUCUUGCAGUCACGGGAACCAAUGGUAAAACCACGAUUUCACGCCUCGUUGCUGAAUUACUGGCAUUACAAAAUAAAAAAUGUGCAGUGAUGGGAACGACGGGGAACGGGAUUCUGCCAAACCUAGAAGCAUCUUCGCAUACCACUUUAGAUGCGUUGCAUUUACAAAAUCUUCUGCAUGAUUUUGCUAUGCAAGGUGCUGAAUUCGCUUCAAUUGAGGCAAGCUCGCAUGGUUUGGAACAAGGUCGUUUAAAUGGUUGUGAUAUUGAGAUUGCUGCAUAUAGUAAUCUGAGUCGAGAUCAUUUGGAUUAUCACGGGACGCUUGAAGCCUAUGCUGAAGCAAAAGCGUUACUGUUUAAAUUUGCUGCAUUAAAAGUUGCAGUAAUUAACAUAGAUGAUGCGCAUGCAGACCUAAUGAUGAAUGCUGCAAGCAGCAAUCUGUCACAUCCGAAAGUAUUGACUUAUUCAACCUCUAAAGCGGCUGAUUACCAAGUAUUUGGGAUUAAAUAUAGUCUAGAUGGGGCAACAUUCCAUCUCAAAACAGCUAAAGCUGAAUUUACAGUAAAUAGCCCAUUGCUUGGGCAUUUUAAUAUUGAAAAUUUGGUGGCCAGUUUAAUUGUUGCUGAACAAGCAGGUUUUGAUUUAAAACAACUUAUCGCAACCGUACCUGAUUUGAAAGGUGCACCUGGACGUAUGCAGGUGAUUCGUGAUCAGGAUCGUCUGUUUGUGGUGGAUUAUGCACAUACACCAGACGCUUUAACUCAGGUUUUAAAAACCUUGAAACGCCAUGUUGAAAAUCAGCUUUGGGCCGUCUUUGGUUGUGGUGGUGAUCGAGAUCGCGGUAAACGCCCAUUAAUGACCAAAGCAGCUUUGGAACAAGCCAAUCCUGUGAUGAUCACAUCAGAUAAUCCACGUACAGAAAAUCCUGAGCAAAUUUUUGCCGAUAUGAAGCAUGAAAUUGAUUUUAGCCAGCAUGAGGUUCACGAAAUUCGUGAUCGCCGUGAAGCAAUCAAAUAUGCAGUAAAACAUGCCCAAUCAGGUGAUAUUGUUGUGAUUGCCGGCAAAGGGCAUGAAAAUUAUCAAGAAAUUGAUGGUGUUCGUCAUUGGUUUGACGAUGUCGUUGAAGUGCAAUCGGCAAUAGACGCACAACACCAUAAACCCAAUUCAGCUUAUCCAGCUCAUUAG